AGUGCGGAUUAGUGUUUGUAAGCACGGAAGGCGAUCGAGAAAUGGGAAAAUUUACACUGCUAGAGACUGGGGUGUGGAGCGAGGUCGACGUUCCCCGAAGGCAAGGGUGGGAACGUUGCAUGGCGGGCAGGUGGGUGCCGAUGUGGGGCCCUGUCGAGGAGGAAAGCUCGCCGAACCCUGGACGGGGUUUGCUAUAGUGACGCUUGAUUGAUCAUGGGAGCUUUUUGGUAAUUGUGAGGUACCAAGCCAAUCUCGUAGGAGGGAGCUGAGUUAGCGAAGCGCUCUUUCGUCUUUCCCUUACAUCGUGCUCAACAUUGUGAGGCUGCCUUGAGGGUGUAUGCUUGUCUUUUUUCCUCUCAGGGAGGUUCGUGAGAAGAGAGCACGUCGAGGUGAGUGAUCCGACUGCGAACCGAAGAUUCAAGGCUGUUGGGAGUAGUUGUGUUGCGGCCAGGCAGCUAGACAGACAGUUAUCAGGGAGCCCACCCAGAUAUGCAGCACAAGCAGUGUGUGGUGGCGUCAUCCGCCACAAACUGAGCAGGUGCGAAGGGACAGUGGCCUAGUUUUUAACGUCUGGAUUGUAACAAAUCCUUGCACGAAGAACGACCAGCUCUUUCUGUUGGUACUACUAGACCUCGGCACAUGGGGCGAUGUGAUUGAUACACGGUUCGCGUUUCAAUUUUCUUUUUCUUUUUCUCAAAUAUGAAAGGAGUCGGAACCUGUUUCAAACACUGAACCGGACACUGAUUUGAACACGUAGCAUUGUAUGUAACAAAAAGCUGAGACGAGACGCCAUUGGGCUCUGGCGACAAUGGUGCGAAAAUCCUUAGAACCGGAGGUGUCAAACGAGUCUAUUGUACUGGAUUCUAUACAAGAUUCAAAGCCUCCGAAAGUCGCGGAGACUAAGUUGCAGGAUAUGGGUUUCGACAAACCAAAGAAAGCGCGGCAGAGCUAUUCUGAGACAUCGAAGGCGACGGCACCACCUACUUGCACCGAAGACCCAGUGCAGCGGAAAGUGGUGGGGGAAACAACAGCUGAAUCAAUUAGCCUAAUUUCUGCUAGCAUAGAGAGUUAUUGUGCAGAGUCUGUCCAGAAAGAGCUUCGAUCUGAUCUGGUAGGAAUAAAACCCGUGCCAGUUGUCAGCUCUUUUCAAUAUCACGUUCUUGCUGUGGACGACAGCCGUAUCGAUCAAAGAGUUAUUGAGAAGCUUCUGAAAACAUCGUCAUAUAAAGUUACAACCGUAAACAGUGCUUUGAGGGCUUUAGAGCUAUUGGGUCUUUCAGAUAGCAGCCCCAGUUCUAUCAAGAAGCUGGAUAUCAACCUGAUAAUGACGGAUUAUUGCAUGCCAGAGAUGACUGGUUACGACCUCCUCAAGCGAGUGAAGGCCGACACAUCAGCAUUGAAGGAAAUUCCUGUUGUGGUCAUGUCUUCAGAAAACGAUAGCAAUCGCAUCGAAAGAUGUCUAGCGGAAGGUGCCGAGGAAUUCAUCAUCAAGCCAGUCCAAAUGGCAGACGUCAAACGGUUGCGGGGUCACAUAAGGCCAGUCCACACAACUUCGGACACUUCUUCGGGAACCGCCAGUGAAAACUCAGGAUCCACUUGUGGCUCUAAGAGAAAAAUGGUGGAACCGACUGAUACUUCAGAAGUGAACAGCCCCGAGAGAAGGCCUCGCCUGAGUGAAGAAUCUGUUGCAUAAUCUCGAGUGUGAGUCAUCGACUAGAAGACCAUUUGGACUUGAGCAUGAGGUGACCAUCUGAUCUGGUGCAUGAUGCCAGAGGUUUACCAUCCGAGUGGAAACGAUCUUCACGGGAAAAUCUCCUCAUGUUUGAUUGCUUGUCGAAGUUAUUCAGGACAUAUUAUUCGCACAUUUGCGUGCGUGGGAUAGUGAUCUUCAGAUUGAUUAAUUUACCGACAUAUUAUCACACGUGAUCCGACGAGGAGGAACGUUUCCUAGAGACGGGAGUUCGGGUGCAAGUUGCGGACACGGUGAAGACGAAGGAAAAAAACACACAACAGGGGAAACAGCCAGCAAGAGGUAGAAGCUCGAAAGCAUAAAGUUGUUUCGAGUUUUCUGUAUAUAGUAUACACCAGCUUCAGUAGACAAAGAGCUGAUGCAACAAUUCUUUUCCAUCGGAUGUAACACGAUUCUCUGGCAUUUGCCCGCUUUGCUGUGAGAAGCGGCACAAUAUGAAAUCAUUUAUACCACGAUAUAUGUGGGGAUACCACACGUUUUUCCA